ACGAGUCAGUGCGGUGUGGUGCAACGGGAGGAGAAUCAUGUCCCACCCAAACACUAAAGGUAAGCAGGUCGCAUAAAUAUGGACGCUACGUGGUACGCUCAAGCGAGAGGAGCCGGCAUCUGUUCCUCCUCCCCUUCCGAACAUCACCGAACGUCAUGGAUCAACUUGGCCCCAAUUACCCGCUCGUUCUGUUGCAGCCGAUGCAGCAGCGAUCAGAAGUGCGCAAUACCACGGAUGAUUGGACUGGCGUGACAAGCACGGCCCAGAGGAGAAAACUACAGAACCGGCUUAAUCAAAGGGCUCGCCGAAGAAGAAAGAUGGAACUGAACCCAGGUGGCGCUGCAAAUAGCAACGCCCAUGCGAUGAUAGCAUCUGCAGCCAUGUCUCCUCAUUAUGCGGACAGCCUAGUGCAAGCAAAACACCUGGUGGACCGCCAUGGUACAGAGGAUGCUCGUAAAGAUCAGACCUCGCAACGGCUGCGUUGUCAUCUAGUAAGCGAAGAGAAGCAGAUGAUGGUCCGUAAAUUUGCGCAACAAGCCUACGUCGAGUACGUGGCGGGGAUGCAUUGCCUCGGCAACCUCCCAACCUUGAUGGGAGUCAACGUCUUCUACGCGCUGUCCCGCAAUGCUACAGCUCUGGGUGUUACCGAGGAGUGGCUCCUAUGUGAUGGCUUGUCACCGUUCUCUUGCCAGGGGCCUGGCUUGGGCGAAUACUCAUUGGAAGCAAUGGAAACGCCUACAAUUUCCCGUCCCCAGUCCCUCCAUCCAACGGGAAUGCAGCUUUCCAUUCCCCACCACCCCUGGAUCGAUCUAUUCCCUGUGCCUCGAUUCCGAGACAACGUUCUGGUUGCGAUUACCAAAGCUGACGCAAUCGACGAAGAUGAGCUGUGCUACGACAUGGUCGAAGUCACUGACGGCGGUGUGACAGACAAGGCAGCACUUAUAAUCUGGGGCGAACCGUGGGAUCCGCGGGCCUGGGAGGUGAGCGAGACCUUCUUAAGGAAGUGGGGGUCGUUGCUAGAAGGCUGUUGGGAAAUGCAGGAGGCGACAAAUUACUGGCGUGCGAAAAGAGGAGAAAAGAGGCUCACAUUUUGAUGCGUUAUGGACCACAUGUGAGGGGCAAGGAGCGCUGCGUGUUUAUAGUAUCAUAGUAACGGAAAGGAAAC